UUUCUUCUCUCUAUCUCUCUCCUUGUUUCUCUCUCCCUAAAAACAAUGGAGAUUCAUCGCCGGCCGCCGACCACCACUAACGACGGCGCCGUCGCGACAAAACACCAUUCCCGCCGUCUCAAAUCACCUUCCCCUACACCAUCCCCAAAAGCUUCCGACGCACUCCCUCUCCCUCUCUACCUCACCAACACAAUCUUCUUCACCCUCUUUUUCUCCGUCGCGUAUUACCUCCUCCACCGGUGGCGCGACAAGAUCCGUAGCCACACUCCUCUCCACGUCGUCACUCUCUCCGAAAUCACUGCAAUUGUUUCCCUCAUCGCUUCCUUCAUCUACCUCCUAGGUUUCUUCGGCAUCGAUUUCGUUCAAUCCUUCAUCUCACGUGCUUCUAACGACGUUUGGGAUCUCGACGAAACCGUAGCACAAAACCAAUCGAAUUUCCCCGUCGCCGGAGCCGUCGCCGGAGCCGUCUCCGAACACUGUGUUCCAAAACUCAUCAAACCGGAACCCUCAUUAUGUUCAUCCGAAGAUGAAGAAAUCAUUAAUUCCGUUGUGGAAGGAACCACGCCGUCCUACGCGCUUGAAUCGCGGCUUGGAGACUGUUUCCGAGCGGCGGCAAUUCGUCGCCAGGCUCUACAGAGAACAAGUGGGAGAUCCUUAGAGGGUCUACCAUUGGAAGGAUUUGAUUACGAAGCGAUAUUAGGGCAGUGUUGUGAAAUGCCGGUUGGUUUUAUUCAGAUUCCGGUGGGUGUGGCCGGACCGUUGUUGUUGGAUGGAUUUGAGCAUACAGUUCCAAUGGCGACUACGGAAGGGUGUUUAGUUGCUAGUACGAAUAGGGGGUGUAAAGCUAUAUAUGCUUCUGGGGGUGCAAAUAGUGUUGUUUUGAAAGAUGCUAUGUCUAGAGCACCUGUUGUUAGGUUUUCAACUGCUAAAAGAGCUGCUCAAUUGAAGUUCUUUUUGGAAGAUACUCUCAAUUUUGAAACCUUGGCUGUUGUUUUCAACAGGUCGAGUAGAUUUGCCAGGCUGCAAGGUAUUCAUUGUGCUAUGGCUGGGAAGAAUGUCUAUUUGAGAUUUACCUGCAGUACGGGUGAUGCAAUGGGGAUGAACAUGGUCUCCAAAGGGGUGCAAAAUGUUCUUGAUUUCCUUCAAAAUGAUUUCCCUGACAUGGAUGUUAUUGGCAUAUCUGGAAAUUAUUGUUCGGACAAGAAACCCGCUGCAGUGAAUUGGAUUGAGGGACGUGGGAAAUCUGUUGUUUGUGAAGCAAUUAUCAAAGAAGAAGUGGUGAAGAAGGUGUUGAAGACCAAUGUGGCUGCCCUAGUGGAGCUCAACAUGCUCAAAAACCUUGCUGGUUCUGCUGUUGCUGGCACUCUUGGUGGAUAUAAUGCCCAUGCUAGUAACAUCGUUUCUGCCAUUUUUAUCGCCACAGGUCAAGAUCCAGCUCAAAACAUUGAAAGUUCCCAUUGCAUAACAAUGAUGGAAGCUGUAAAUGAUGGGAGAGACCUCCAUAUCUCAGUAACAAUGCCUUCCAUUGAGGUUGGUACAGUAGGGGGUGGGACUCAACUUGCAUCUCAAUCUGCUUGCUUGAAUAUUCUUGGUGUGAAGGGUGCAAGCAAGGAGUCACCGGGAUCAAACUCGAGACUCUUGGCAACCAUUGUUGCCGGAUCUGUUUUAGCAGGCGAGCUGUCUCUGAUGUCUGCCAUUGCUGCAGGGCAACUAGUCAACAGCCACAUGAAAUACAACAGAUCAAGAAAAGAUAUAACUAAAAUAUCAUCUUGAGGGUGAGGACUUGGUUGUAGUUAUUGUUUGUGGAGUCUAAAAUAAAAAGCAGUAGGGUCUUUCUGCACAGAAACCGGAAUUUAGGGAAGGAAAAUAGGAGACAUCGGAUUUGAUUGUUGGGCCCCGUGUCUGACUCUGUGUUGCUAUGUGUAGUGUUUCGUUAUUUGGACGGAGGGAACUAGAGUUCUACUUGUUUGGUUGUCCUCUCUGGAUACUUCCUCUCAGGGGAGCCAUUGGUUUGGUUGGGUGGUUUCACAGUCUCCUCCUUAACUGAUACAUGGACAUGUUGUAAUAUAAUUCUUUUCCUGAUACAUAUGUUUAGUAUAUGUGUCAUUGUCUCUGUGAUACAUUUAUUCUAUGUAAUGGGUGACCAUUAGUUAGCCGUGUGGUUUGAUGAAUUUCUUCUUGUCGUACUUUGUCAACCUAGUAGUACCCAUGAAAUGAAUUUGACCAUGUCUUUCCUAUGAUUUCUCAUUCAGUCAGUGUGGAUGUUGAAGGGAAUAUUCUGUUGUCAUUUUCAUUUAACGUGAUGUAUUUCAUUGGCACA